UCGCUGCAUUAAAGAAAAGACAUUCUAUUGAUUGAUUGUUAUGAAACUUCCAUACAAAUUGAGGGAAAAAUGGAGAGUUGUUGCCUAUGAACUGCAAGAACAAAAUGGUCACAGAGCAGUGUUUACUGAUCUGGUUGCCUUAAUAAUAAAACAGGUGAAAGUAGCAUCAGAUCCAGUGUUUAGCAACAUCCAAGACUCACAAUCUGGAAGCAGCUUUAAAGUUUCAAAUUCCACCAAGCAAAGAAAAAAGGGAAGUAGUUUUGCCACUAAUGUCAGUACAGUUCCAGGAGUCAAAACUCAAUCCACUGGAAGCAGAACAAAUUCCACUGUUCUGCAUGGUUGUUUGUUUUGUUCACCCAGCAAUCAUUUACUAGAGAAUUGUAAGCAGUUUAAACCUAAAAUGCAUCGGGAUAAGUUGACUUUUAUCAAGGAAAGGGGAAUUUGUUUCGGUUGUUCAAAAGUUGGUCACACAAGCAAAGACUGUAGGAGUCGUUUGGAUUGCAACGUGUGUCACCAAAAACACCCAGGGGUUCUUCAUAUAGAGCGAAAAGAUCCAGGUGCGUCCUCAGAACAACUCAACAGAUGACAAACUCUAAUGUCAACUUUUCAACUGCAACCACUCAGACAUGUGGGCAUAUUGGGGCCGGUCAUGAAAUUGAUGCAGUUUUUCUUAUAGUUCCAGUUCAAGUUAAGAGCCAAAAGAGCAAUAAAAUUGUGCAAACCUAGGCAUUUUUGGAUCCUGGAAGUUCAGGUACAUUCUGUACAGAAACCCUGGCAAAAAGACUGAAUCUAAAAGGUAAAAAGACCAAUAUCCUUUUGAGAACAAUGAGUCAAAAUAGGAUUGUUAGUGCACAAGUUCUGUCUGGUCUGGAAGUGUCUGGUUUGAAAACAAAUGAUUUCAUGGCGUUGCCAGAUGUUUUGACUCAAAAGACCAUGCCAGUUUCUAUGGUAAAUAUUCCCCAGCAAGGCGACAUCGAUCAGUGGCCUCAUCUUAAAACUGUUAAACUUCACAACAUUGAUGCAGAUGUGGAGCUAUUGAUAGGCACUGAUGCUUCCAACGUUUUGGAGCCAUGGAAGGUGAUUAACAGUGUGGAAGGUGGACCUUAUGCUGUAAAAAUAGUGUCAUAUUUAAAGUUGGAAAAGAAUAACAUCAUGCAUGUUGCUUUAAUCCUGGGAAAAGCUAGAGUUGCUCCUCUCAAGCAAACUACAAUUCCCAGGUUGGAAUUGACGGCUGCAUUUCUUGCAGUUCGAGUGAAUAUGCUUCUACAAAAAGAGCUGCAGGUAAGGUUGGAAAAAUCUAUUUUUUGGACUGAUAGUACAACAGUACUGAAAUACAUCUCCAAUGAAACCAAAAGAUUUAAUACUUUCGUUGCAAACAGAAUUGCUGUCAUUCGAGAAGCAACAGAUGUGAAUCAGUGGAGAUAUGUUUCUUUCAAGGAGAAUCCUGCAGAUGACGCAUCCAGAGGCAUGAGAGCUGGGGAUUUCCUCAAAUGUAGGAGAUGGAUAAAUGGGCCAGAAUUUCUCUAUAAGUCAGAGGAGGAAUGGCCUAAACUGGAUGUGGAGUACAGUGUAAUUUCUGCAGAUGACCCAGAGGUCAAAAAGGACCUGACAAUGAAUGUCAUUGUGAAGGAAUUACAAAAUCCUACCAACUAUCUUAUCCAUUACUUCUCAUCUUGGGCAAAACUUAAAAUCUCUGUAGCCUGGUUUGUAAAGCUGAAAGAGGCCUUGGUGUUGCUGGCACAGAAGAGGAAAGAGUUGCUUGCUGCAGGUUUGAAUAAGAAAGAAAGAAGUGGAGAUAAGAAUGGAAAUAUUUAAGACCACUAUGAAGAAAGGAAAUAUUACUCCAGAAGAUUUAGCAAAGGCAGAACAAGCUAUUAUUCAAUAUGCACAGCAACAGAAAUUUAAAACUGAAAUGGCUUUAAUCAGAAAUGGCCUCAAAAGAGUCUCCAAGGGAAGUUGUCUCUACAAACCUGAUCCAGUAUUGGAUGUGGGAAUCCUCAGAGUGGGUGGCCAAUUGAAUAAAGCAACCAUGCCUAUGGAAUUAAAGCAUCCUGCAAUUUUGACAAAGGACACGCAUGUGUCAACACUGAUUUUAUGCCAUAUCCAUCAAAGGUUGGGACAUGCAGGAAGAGCACACAUGCUGUCAAAACUGAGACAUGCAGUGUAGAGUGAGUCAUCGGAUCACUAUUUUUCAGGAAAAUAUGAGAAAAAAAAAGUAAUUAAUUUUAUAGGCUAUUGAUUGAGUGGGGCAAAUGACUGUGCUUCUGAAGCUUCAAUCCCAGGGUGAUCUUCUGCAGUCAACAAUAAUUUAUUCACAAAGAAUCAAAAUUCUGGCAAGAGAAACAAAUUGACAGCUCAACAGCAGAUUAACAGCAGAACUGAGGAAGGAGCGAGUGGCAGGCAUAAACAUGUUCACACGUGUUCCUCUCUGUAAACUGUGAGGCAAUUCAAAUCAGUGAAAGGAGCCUGAAGGAGGAUGGAUAUUUGUAUGGUGUAAGGUACAACAGUUACACUGAUAGAAAUUACUAUCAGUGUACUGCGCAUGGGGUUCUGAGGAUUAAAACUCAGGUGGAGUGCCAGAUUUAUCUAGAGGAGAGCUGCAUUAGUACACACUGUUCCACCCUAGAUACUUGAAUGACACUAACAUGGGUUGAUCAAUAGCUGCGUUUUUACAGUGAUAUUCAUGUUGAUCAUUACAGAUUCAAUAUCCAAUCCAACUUUAUUUAUAAAGCACCUAAUAAAACACAAUGGAAAGAAAUGUGACGAUGAGAUAAUUUUCACAUGCUGUUCUUAUUUAAAUGACACACAUGAAACAAUAGGGUGAGAAAAAGUGGUGAAGUAAGAUGCACAUCUUCUCAACAUUUUAGUUUUAACACGUCAAACAUCUGGCAUCACACUUUGAAGAGACUAGUGCAAUGUGGUGUUGAGUCUUAGUGCACCACAUUUCUCUUUUCAUUGUUCGUCAUCACUUCUCCUGCCCACCUUUCCUUGGCAUUCCUUGGCACCAGGGCCCCAUACAAGAAAAACUGAUUAUUUUAAACUGUACAUCAUGCAAAGGUAGAAGAGUUCUAAAAUAAGAUGGCAGAGCUGGAGAUGAUAUGGAAAAAACAGGAAGUGAAACUUCCAUGGAUGCAUGACAUUUAAGGUAAUGUGAGAGUUGAAAAGUUUCUGUACUUUCAUGUAUACUUAAUCACUGUCAUUGAAUAACUAUGGCACUGAUUAAUUUUUUCUUAAUGUCAGUUUGUGUUUGAAGUUGUUUCACUUACUUUCACUUUUUUUUCUUACCAUGGUAUGUGAAAAGGUGGACAGCAGAAACAGAAAGAAACAGUGAGAACUAAAAGAGAAACAAAGAGCUUUGGAACAACGAGGCAGCAGGAGGACAGCUGCAGUUUAACAGCUUCAAUUCACUGACAGGAAACAACAUUAGAAAUAUCAUCAUCCUCAACUCAUCUGCUCCACUGACACUGACACCUUCAACGGACACACCUUCACUUUACCAUCAGU